AUGGCCUCUCUUACUCUUCUCUCCGUUUUUCUGGUCGUAGCCUACGCUAUCGGAAAGACGAUCUACAACGUUUUCUUGCACCCUUUGGCCAAAUGCCCAGGCCCGUUUCUCGCCAGGGUUUCCUCCUGGCCAUCAUUCUAUCAUGCUUGCAAAGGCGACAGACAUAUUUGGAUAUGGCAAUGCUUCCAAGUCUACGGAAACAAGUUCCGAGCGACCCCGAACAUGGUGCUCUUCUGUUCCGCACAGGCUUUUAAUAGCAUCUAUGGGUCCAGAGCAAACGUCAAGAAGUCCAACUUCUAUGACUCGUGGCCACGGAACCAGAACGACCGGAACACCUUGAACACUACGGAUCCGGUCCUCCAUGCGAAGAAGCGGCGUUUGCUGAGCCUUGCGUUCAAUGAGCGUUCCACCAAGUCUGCAUCGGAUACUAUCGCCCGACACAUCGACAGGUGGAACGAGCUGGCGACUCUUGACCUGGAGGACUCAGCCUGGUCAUCAUCCCGUGAUAUCAGUCCAUUGGCGGAUAAGCUGGUAUUCGAUCUGUUCGGUGACUUACUUUUCGGAAAAUCUUUCGACACGAAAGAGGCGGCAUCGACCAACAAUCCUUUCAUAGAUAUUCCAAGCCACAUCGUCAAGUUCAUGCAGUUUAUCUAUCCUGUCACAAAAUCUCCGUUUCUGGACCUCGUCGUCUGGCUGAAACCCCGCGGUCUCAACAGGCUUCUGGAAGCAGUGGCACCAAGAGAAGUCCAGCAGUAUUAUGACUUCGUCGCCAGAGGCGUAGCUCAAGGACUGGCGCUAGAAAGAAAGUCGCAAUCUUCCCACGUUCGCGAAGACAUCUUCCACUUCCUUUGUACCGCGACUGAUCCGAAUACCGGAGCGCCCGCCUACUCGCUAGAGGAACUUCUGGCCGAGACACACCUCCUCAUCAUUGCAGGAAGAGACACUACAGCGACUACCAUCAGCGCCUUAUUCUUCUACAUCUGUCGCGAUCCUCGCGUUUACAAUAAGCUGACGCGUGAAAUCCGCACGACCUUCACUUCCGCGGAGGAAAUUCGACCCGGGCCCGCACUCACAUCCAGUACCUAUCUUCGAGCUUGCAUCGAUGAAGCACUGCGCAUGGCUCCUCCGGGACCGAGUGAGUUCCCUCGUGUAGUGCUCCGUGGAGGCAUGUCUAUUGACGGCGAAUACUAUCCCGAAGGCGUCGUCGUCGGGACUGCAGGCUGGGCGAACGGCCACAGUGAAGAAUUCUACGGCGACGCUAAUACAUAUCGCCCCGAGAGAUGGCUCGUUUCAGAGGAGAAUGACAUCACCGCUGAUGAAGUGGCGCGUCUGAAAAAUGGCUUCAAUCCGUUUCUCAAGGGCUCGGGCAGCUGCAUCGGACAGCACAUAGCCAUCACGGAAUUGAUGAUGUUGCUGGGCAGAACCUUAUUUCGCAUGGAUGUGAGGAUAGUUCCGGGAAGCGCUUUAGGGGAAGGAAACCCGAGUCUGGGUUGGGGAAGGCGACUCGGAAACCAGUUCCAGUUGCGAGACGCGUAUAUGGCGAUCCGAGAAGGGCCAUUGGUGCAGUUCCGGAAGAGAGUGAUUUGA